AUGGCGUCACGGAUCGAGGAUUUGAAUUUCGCAACCCAUCGUCCGACUCAUGCGCCAUUCUCGGUCGAAGCCCUCCGAGCGUGUUUUCUUGAGAUAAACAGCAUCAUCAACCGCAUCUCCGAAAGUAAUCAAAACAUCCUCGACCAUGAGGAAAGCUUUGCACUGUACAAGAACCACACAUCCCAUGCUUCCAGGAUCGAAGAUGAUUUCACCACAGGAUUGUUCGACGGUCGCAAACCGUCUGUCACUGUCACCGACAGUCGGACUGUCGAUGGACGAACCAGAGCAGAUGUUACUUGGCUUGACCUCAUCUGGGGAGUGCGGCCGGAAGAGUUUGUGCGCCAUGAUGAUGGAACCUUUCGUUGCCACUUCCGAGGCCAGACAGUGACGAUUAUGGAAUGCGACCAUGCCAGAUUACGCUUUUCGCCGCGACACCCUCUAAGCGGCCCGACCAAAGUCGCCAGAGAAGAUGCUAUGGCAGAGUACGAGACGCUGUCAGAGAGGCGGGCCGCCAUGAAGCAAAUGGACGAAUGUAGGUAA